AUGUUGCCAGCUUUGUGGCCAACGAAACAACUGAGGGACGAUCCUGGUUUUGAUUUGAAAAAGUACAAUCUUUCCUUGGACGACCUGCCGGACAGUAUCGAUUGGCGCAGCGAAGGAAUUGUCACACCAGUGAAGAAUCAAGGUCCAGAAUACUAA